CUAUGGCUUCCGUACACAGCACCUUGAUGUCAGUCGUAUGCAACAACAACAAAACCCACUCCUCAUGGCCAAAACUCCCAAACUCCUCCUUAACACCUGGAUUCGAUGCGGUUGUUCAAUCCGCUGCAGUCCGAUUCAAGAAGGACGCAACAGCCACACGAGCCACGUUGACGUUUGAUCCCCCAACGACUAACUCAGAGAGAGCCAAGCAGAGGAAACACACCAUCGAUCCUUCUUCUCCUGAUUUUCAGCCAAUCCCAUCUUUUGAGGAAUGCUUUCCCAAAAGCACUAAAGAAAACAUGGAGGUUGUUCAUGAAGAAACUGGCCAUGUCCUUAAGGUUCCUUUUCGACGUGUGCAUUUAUCUGGUGGUGAGCCAGCUUUUGACAACUAUGACACUAGUGGCCCUCAAAAUGUUAACCCACACAUUGGGCUUGCUAAGCUAAGGAAGGAGUGGAUUGAUCGCAGAGAGAAGCUUGGAACACCAAGGUUCACUCAAAUGUAUUACGCUAAGCAAGGAAUCAUAACCGAGGAGAUGCUCUACUGUGCCACCAGGGAGAAGCUAGACCCUGAGUUCGUAAGAUCAGAAGUCGCGCGCGGGAGAGCGAUCAUCCCUUCCAACAAGAAGCAUCUGGAGCUGGAGCCGAUGAUCGUCGGAAGGAAGUUCUUGGUCAAGGUCAAUGCCAAUAUCGGAAACUCUGCUGUUGCGAGCUCCAUCGAAGAGGAAGUCUACAAGGUUCAGUGGGCAACAAUGUGGGGAGCUGAUACAAUCAUGGAUCUUUCUACUGGUCGUCACAUCCACGAGACACGAGAAUGGAUCCUGAGGAACUCUGCUGUUCCCGUUGGCACCGUCCCUAUCUAUCAAGCGCUCGAGAAAGUGGAUGGGAUCGCUGAGAAUCUUAGCUGGGAAGUGUUUAGAGAGACUCUCAUUGAGCAAGCUGAGCAAGGUGUGGACUAUUUCACGAUCCAUGCUGGAGUUUUGCUGCGUUACAUUCCUUUAACAGCUAAGAGAAUGACGGGGAUCGUUUCUCGUGGAGGAUCCAUUCAUGCUAAAUGGUGCUUGGCUUACCACAAGGAGAACUUUGCUUACGAGCAUUGGGAUGAUAUUCUUGACAUAUGUAACCAGUAUGAUGUGGCUCUCUCUAUUGGUGAUGGUCUCAGACCUGGCUCGAUCUAUGAUGCUAACGAUACUGCUCAGUUCGCAGAGCUUCUUACUCAAGGCGAGCUAACUCGCCGAGCAUGGGAGAAAGAUGUGCAGGUGAUGAAUGAAGGACCAGGGCAUGUCCCAAUGCACAAGAUCCCAGAGAACAUGCAGAAGCAGCUUGAAUGGUGUAACGAGGCACCGUUCUACACUCUUGGUCCUUUGACUACUGAUAUCGCUCCUGGAUAUGAUCACAUUACUUCCGCCAUUGGAGCUGCCAAUAUCGGAGCUUUAGGCACAGCUCUUCUUUGCUACGUGACACCGAAAGAGCACCUCGGGUUACCAAACAGGGACGAUGUGAAGGCCGGGGUUAUAGCUUACAAGAUCGCUGCUCAUGCGGCUGAUCUAGCUAAACAGCAUCCACAUGCUCAGGCGUGGGAUGAUGCGCUGAGCAAGGCGCGGUUUGAGUUCAGAUGGAUGGAUCAGUUUGCUCUGUCUUUGGACCCUAUGACUGCUAUGUCUUUCCAUGAUGAGACUCUCCCUGCUGAUGGAGCCAAGGUAGCUCACUUUUGCUCCAUGUGUGGACCGAAGUUCUGCUCUAUGAAGAUAACAGAAGACAUCCGAAAGUACGCAGAGGAGAAUGGUUAUGGCACUGCUGAAGAAGCCGUGAGAAGAGGAAUGGAGGCUAUGAGCGAAGAGUUCAAAGUCGCAAGGAAAACCAUUAGCGGAGAGCAGCACGGUGAAGUAGGCGGCGAAAUCUAUUUGCCAGAGAGCUAUGUCAAGUCUGCUCAGAAGGAAAGUGUUGAAGCAAGACCUCGCUUACCCAAGUCC